GUCGCCAAGGAUACAGGGCGUAUGGUGCAGCAUCAGCUGUACUGACCAUGGAGUAAGUUGCUACAACACUACAGGCAGCUAUGGUAACAGUUGACAUAUAAGAGAAGACGUUGUUGUAGGUGUGGUAUAUUUGCGGGUUAAUUUGGAUCAGAACGGAAGAUCUCAACAUGGCUCGUUUUCAUCCAAUGCUCGCUGUUACAGGUAUUAUGUUAUACAUAGCCCUAGGCGAAGGUGCUAUUACUGACUGUGUCGACGCCAGCAGCUGUAACGGACACGGCACAUGCCCCAGUCCGUGUUCAGCUCCGUGUUCGUGCACAGAUGGCUACGGUGGUCACGACUGCACUAUCCCACCCAUUUGCACUGCAGCUGGAAGUGAGUGUGGUGCCAACGGUGCUUGUACAACAUCGUCAAGUCCCUAUGUAUGUACCUGCUCGAACGGAUACUCUGGCCCAACGUGUACCGUAGCCCCCAUCUGCACUGCUACCGGAAAUCAAUGUGGGACUAAUGGCGCCUGCACAACAUCCGCCACUCCAUACGUCUGUACCUGCUCCAACGGAUACACAGGGGCAUUGUGUACCACAGCUCCGAUCUGUACCGCUGCCGGAAGCCAGUGUGGUACUAAUGGCGCCUGCACAACAUCCGCCACUCCAUACGUCUGUACCUGCUCAAACGGAUACUCAGGGUCAACGUGUACCGUAGCCCCGAUCUGCACUGCUGCCGGAAGCCAGUGUGGUACUAAUGGCGCCUGCACAACAUCCGCCACUCCAUACGUCUGUACCUGCUCGAACGGAUACUCAGGGUCAACGUGUACCAUAGCCCCCAUCUGCACUGCUGCCGGAAGCCAGUGCGGUACCCAUGGCAGCUGUACAACAUCCGCCUCUCCAUACGUUUGUACCUGCACUGACGGAUACACUGGGUCAUUGUGUACCACAGCCCCGAUCUGCACUGCUGCCGGAAGCGAGUGUGGUACUAAUGGCGCCUGCACAACAUCCGCCACUCCAUACGUCUGUACCUGCUCCAACGGAUACUCAGGGUCAACGUGUACCAUAGCCCCCAUCUGCACUGCUGCCGGAAGCCAGUGCGGUACCCAUGGCAGCUGUACAACAUCCGCCUCUCCAUACGUUUGUACCUGCACUGACGGAUACACUGGGUCAUUGUGUACCACAGCUCCGAUCUGUACUGCUGCCGGAAGCGAGUGUGGUACUAAUGGCGCCUGCACAACAUCCGCCACUCCAUACGUCUGUACCUGCUCGAACGGAUACACAGGGGCAUUGUGUACCACAGCCCCCAUCUGCACUGCUGCCGGAAGCCAGUGUGGAACUAAUGGAGCCUGCACAACAUCCGCCACUCCAUACGUCUGUACCUGCUCCAACGGAUACUCAGGGCCAACGUGUGCCAUAGCACCAGUCUGCACAGCUGCAGGAAACCAGUGCGGGACCAAGGGAGGCUGUAACACUUGCACGAGCACCUACAGCUGUCAGUGUUAUUCUGGCUAUGGCGGAACCACGUGUGCUACAGCUCCCCCGUGCACUGCCCGAGGAAGUGAGUGUAAGAACGGAGGAUCGUGCGACAUAUCCACAUUCCCCUACACGUGUACCUGCCCCUCGGGCCUCACUGGAGCCACUUGUCAGGGAGCUGGCAGUCAGGUGACCUUCUUCGUGGCCACGCUCAUCGUCUCAGCAUUGUCGAGUCUGUUCUUCAUGCAAUAUUGAUCGUCGAAUGGUUUACAUACGGUAAUGGUAAUUUACCAUCUACGUUGACGAACUAUCUCUGAAAAUAUCCAUUGCAUGGUAUAUGUUUGUCUACUUCAAAGACCGUGCUAAUGACCACCAAACCAGAUCCAAAUAAUGCUAGUGGAUGCAUAAUAUGACGUGAAACAUUUACCUGUGUCACUGACUUGCUUCGUGUAACCAUAGCAACCCUUGGAAUUGGUGAAAUGGUGUUUCUGCCCUAAUUCCGUCCUGAUUAAUAUGAAAGAAACUGCUGUCUUACUUGAUCUCCUCCCUUGUGCAAUACCUUGAUGACGUGUAGAGUUACUGAUGUAAGUCGGUUGUUCCACUGAAAUAAAAGGUACGGUUCAAGACCAAA